AUGGCUGCCUUUUUCAAUCGUAAUAAAAUCAAAAAUGAUUUACUUUUGAUGAUUCUGAAUUCAAAACGGUUGUUUAAAGAACACCUCAACGUUCUUGAAGAAUAUAUUUUGGACAAUUAUUUCGAUUCGCUAGAAAAAUUGGUAGCAGAAGAAGAAUUAGUUUCUAAAGGAAUAAUGAAAAAGCAAUUUCAACCUGUUUUGAGACAGUUACGCGAACGAUUGGAGCCAAUCGAACGAUCUUUCAAAUUGCGCGAGAAGCAAGCAUUGAAAAUGAAAGGAAUUGAAAUCCCUGAUGAACCGGAAGAAGACAGUGAGAAAAAGGAACCUCUCGGUCCAGAAACAUCAGACAGUGAAGAAGAAGCUUCAGCUGUUGCCACGAAGAAAAAGCUAAACCAAAAUCGAUAUAAUGCAUCCCGCAGUUUUCUAGCAAACAAGGAACAAAUCAAUUUGUUUCAAAAUAUUCCUUUAGAAACGCCAAUGUCCGAGAGUAUUUUAGAGUAG